CCUGGCAACACUGUUCGUGACGUAAUCCUGGUUUGUUUUGAAACUAAGAUGAAAUGUUUGGGUCGUUGUUGGUUGGGGGGUAAAGUGGGCAAGCUAUUUAUAAUACAGAUUAAACAAGAAUGUCAGAAAAGUUUGUUUUUGUUGAAAAUGAACAAAAGUUAUGACGAAGGUACAGGCCAAAGAAACGGUGCAACAACGAAAAAAAUGGAAAAUGAUCAAAGUUUUGUUGAAGGAGAUUUCAGCAAAUCAUGUUCGAACAAAUUAAAAUCUGGGGUGGAAAAAACAAAAAAGAAAACUGUCAAGAAAAAAAAGAAAAAGAAACAAGAACAAAAAGACGAAGUUACAAAAAUAUCAAAAUCUUUCUCCAAACUCGACAUAAAUAGAAGAGAUGUCUCAAAACAAAGAACCCCCCAACGACGAUCACAGUUGGGGAAAACACCAUCUUCCCUAUCAUCUAUUAAAGAUGUUGCCGAGUUGAUUUCAUCGGGGGGAGUGAGGAAUAUUAUAGUGAUGGCUGGAGCGGGCAUCAGCACCGGGAGUGGAAUCCCUGAUUUCAGAACACCUGGCACUGGGUUGUACGACAACUUACACAAAUACAAAAUCCCGGCCCCGACCGCUGUGUUCGACCGAGAUUAUUUCAACGUCAAUCCAAAACCUUUCUUCGAGCUUGCCAAGGAACUUUAUCCAAGUGGAAAAUAUCGGCCGAACAUUGUUCAUUAUUUUGUCCGUUGUUUGCAUGAGAAGGGCCUUCUACUACGCAUGUACACGCAGAAUAUCGAUGGUUUGGAACGAUUGGCGGGGAUUCCCCCAUCGAAACUCGUGGAGGCUCACGGGACAUUUUCGACAGCUUCAUGCACCAAGUGUGGGAAGAAAUGCAAAGGGGAAGUUAUAAAGGACAAGAUAUUGAAAGGUGUGAUCCCACGUUGUCAACUCACCCCUCUGUGUUACGGAACAAUCAAACCUGAUAUCGUUUUCUUUGGAGAGGAUUUACCGAAAAGAUUUUAUUAUUAUUUAAAAGAUUUCCCUUCGUGUGAUUUGUUGUUAGUGUUCGGAACUUCAUUGCAGGUUGAGCCGUUUGCGAGUUUGGUAGAUUCCGCGAGGUUCACGACCCCUCGAUUGUUGCUUAACAUGGUGAAGGUUGGUCCGUUCGUCAAACGAGGUCGUCGACACGACCUUGCUGUUACAGGGGAUAUAAUGGACUCGAUCCAAACGUUUGUGGAUGAACUUGGAUGGGAUGAAUUCAUCAAAGAGGUCGUGGAUUCCAAUGAAAAGGUGUUACACGUGAACGACCCACCACACGAGGACAGCGGAAUAUCGAGCGCUUCUUCAACCUCGUCCGAACGUAAAGUAAUUCCACCUGUGGAUAAAAAUGUUAAACGAUAUUUUCACUCCCUGCGUUCAACCCCACUACCUAACAACAACAAGGAAACAGGAUCCGGGGAACCUCCUCACUCAUAUUAUGAAUUCAUGAAACAUUCGAUCCAGAAUCCCCCCCCGAAAUCCACCAGUGCAUUAUCUAAACAACGUCCACCAAAUAAACAACAUCCGCCCGUCAUACAAUACACCCGAACAAUACUCAGCAAAAGCAAGUCCUUUCCACGCAUGCGAUCAAGUAUAUCUGUACCAUCAUUAUAUCGCGGCAAUAAAGUUGAAACAACGAGCGAAUCAGAAACCUCCGAUGCCUCGUCCUCGUCGGGGGUUGAUUCGUAAAUUCUCAGGACAAUUACUUUCCGUUCAAUUAUUAUGUUUCAAUUCUUUGUUUAUUGUUUUCUAAUUGAUAGACAAAUAAAUAUUAUAUUUAAUAAUUUC